AUGGCUCAGAUUCCUAACCUUGAUAAUGCCCCCAUCAAUCUCACUUCCAUUAGGGAACAGUCUCAAAAGGAGCUCCUCAACAUCCUCAAGAAUGUUCGUGGAAAGAAGUGUUUGGUCAUUGAUCCGAAGCUCGGGGACUCUCUCUCGCUUAUUAUACAGACAUCCAUUCUCAAGGCACUUUUCUUGCCCUUAGAGCAUGGAAUUGAAUUGCGACAUCUUUCUGGUGAUCCAAUUCAGACUGACUGCAGCAAAGUAGUUUACCUUGUGCAUGCUCAGCCCAAGUUGAUGAGAUUCAUAUGUUCUAAUAUUCAUAAUGAUCUAUCGAAAGGACUGCAAAGAGAAUAUCAUGUUUAUUUUGUCCCCCGCCGCACUGUUGUUUGUGAGAAAGUUCUUGAGGAAGAGAAAUUACAUCAUAUGGUUACAAUUGGGGAAUAUCCCUUGUAUAUUGUACCAAUGGAUGAAGAUGUAUUAUCAUUUGAACUUGAUCUCUCUUACAAAGAAUGCCAAGUUGAUGGUGAUACAGGAUCCCUUUGGCACAUUGCUAAAGCUAUUCACAAACUUGAGUUUUCUUUUGGAGUGAUACCAAAUGUGAGGGCAAAAGGAAAAGCAUCAGUGGGUGUUGCGGACAUCCUAAAUCGAAUGCAAGCUGAGGAACCAGUUAACUCAUCUGAUAUAGAGAGGUACAACCUGUUUUCCAUCUCAUCUCCAUUAUGCAGGACUGAUAGUCUCUUUGGGGAUGUUAUACUCGGUGCCCUUUGCCAUGAAUUGGUCUUCUUUCUACACAUCAAUAAUGGCUCUGUAGAGCUUGAUGCAUCUAUUAUGGGUCUCCAACAAGAAGGGAAAAAAACCAAAGUUCCACUAAAUUCAAGUGACAAGCUUUUUAAGGAGAUACGGGAUCUCAAUUUCGAAGUUGUUGUCCAGAUUUUGCGGCAAAAAGCUACUUCCAUGAAGCAAGACUACACAGAAAUGACAACUACUACACAGACAGUUUCCGACUUGAAGGACUUUGUGAAAAAGCUGAACUCAUUGCCAGAGAUAACUAGGCACAUAAAUCUUGCCCAGCAUCUAUCAACAUUCACAUCAAAGCCUUCAUUUCUUGGGCAACUUGAUAUCGAACAUACAAUUGUGGAGGCCCAGAGUUAUGACAUAUGCUUUGAUUAUAUUGAAGAACAGAUCCAUAAGCAGGAGCCUUUGACAACAGUUUUACGCCUUCUCAUCCUAUUUUCUAUUACUAAUGCUGGGUUGCCAAAGAAGCAUUUCGACUAUUUCAGGAGAGAACUACUCCACAGCUAUGGAUUUGAGCACAUAGCAAUGCUAAACAAUUUAGAGAAAGCUGGACUAUUUAAAAAGCAGGAGUCAAAAAGCAAUUGGCUUACUAUAAAACGUGCGCUGCAGCUUGUGGUUGAAGACACUGAUACGGCCAACCCCAAUGAUAUUGCUUAUGUCUUCUCUGGAUAUGCACCACUCAGCAUUCGACUGGUCCAGCAUGCCAUUCGAUCAGGAUGGCGUCCUGUCGAAGAAAUUUUGAAGCUAUUGCCUGGACCACAUUUGGAAAUGAAGAGGGGCGGCUUCUCAAAUAGCCCAUCAUUUGACACCUUAUCAGGGGUUUCAUCCAGCGUAGCUAAAGUACCAGAUGGAAGACGGGCCCUGGUGCUUGUUGUCUUUGUUGGGGGUGUUACCUUUGCAGAGAUUUCUGCACUCCGAUUUUUGAGCACUCAGGAGGGCAUGGCAUACGAUUUGAUAAUUGCAACUACGAAAAUAGUCAAUGGUCAAACCUUGAUUGAAACGUUUAUGGAAAAGCUAGGUUGA